CGGAUAUGCCGGAUACGUUGGAGAAGCAUUUGUAUGCUUCCGUGUUGUGGGGAUAUGACGACGGUAGGGGAUUCCAUGCGUCUUGACGUGGAGCUGAGCGUUCGCGGUAGAUCUGUAUUGGGCCGAUAUGCAUUCCGAUCUACUCCCUUCUUCCCUUUCUCUUGAUGUUCCUGUCGAAAGCUUGGGCCUGGAUCACGGGAAAGCCGGACGACAAGAAGAACGAAGGCAUGUCGGCAACCAGCGCGGCGACUUCGGAGCAAGCGUCCACGAACCUUCGUCAGCGUAAAGCGGGACCAUCUAACGUGAUUACGAUACACUCGACGGACGAGUGGAAGCAACAACUGGCUUUGUCCAGUGACUCGAAACCGCUCGUGGUUGAUUUUACUGCAACGUGGUGUGGCCCGUGCAAGAAGAUUGCCCCUUUCUUCGCCGAACUGAGUGGCAAAGUUCCCGAAGCCGCAUUCGUCAAGGUGGAUGUGGACGAGUUGGAUGAUGUCAUGUCGCAGUGCGGAGUGCGCGCGAUGCCCACCUUCCAGGUGUACAAGAACGGAAAGAAGGUUGACGAACUUGUCGGGGCUGAUCCUGCAAAACUCGAGGCUUUGGUCGCUCGCAACACUCCCUAAGCCGGCUCUCGUCAUCGCCACGAUGUCCAUACGUCGGAAACAUGUAAUCGUAUGCAACGUACGAAGUUGGGACUUGUCACGGCGCAUGAGCCGUUGUGUGCCCCCCCCCUCGCAUGCCGUUGUGCACGUCAGCAAAGCAGGAGUGUGUCAACACAGCUUUUGCCAACUCUGCAGCGUCAAAUGCCAAUCUGAACACGCC